GGUCACAUGACCAAACAAAAAUGGCUGCCUGUCUCUCUUUCUCUACCAUUGGAAUGUGGAAUAGAGGUACGUCACAAACAGCCCCCCUUCUUGAGCACUGAAACUUUUCACAUUUGAUAGGUGGUAAAUUUGUCAUGUAGAAUCAUGCAGCAACAAAGUUCAGAUCCUAUUUGGACUUACUGACGACACUGGAUACAACAUCAUUGUAAUAGAACAGGAUGAAGAACAGCACCUCUUUGACAUCCCUAUCUUCAAUGGAUAAAGAUCUGUCUCUAUCGUCUCUUACACAAUAUGGGCGUGCAGCUCAGCGACCGUCCGUCCCUCCCCACCCCCACAGUGCCCGACUUGCUGUGGAGCAUGGGGCCGAGGACCCACAUCAACGCUCCAACGCUGUGCCCAGCCUGGUCAGAAAAAAGCGACGCAGACGCCGCGACCUUAUCACUGCAAAUCUCAGUGGAACUAGAUAUGAAGUUGUUCGUCAAAUGGUAGAGAAAGUCGGAUUCACUGUUUCGAAGGAUGACGACCCAACUUCGUAUCUUAUAUGGAACGACUGUUUUGUUUCACUGGAUAAGAUAAGCGAGUUGAAGCCGUACCAGAGAAUCAAUCACUUCCCCGGCAUGGGUGAGGUGACUCGCAAAGAUGCCCUGGCUCGGAAUGUCUCAAAAAUGCAGAAAGCUGUUCCCGAUGAGUUCAAUUUCAUUCCAAAGACAUGGAUACUGCCUGCAGACUACUCCUUGUUACAGAAUUAUGCUAAAGAGAUGAAAAUGAAGAAAAAACCUAGAACUUUCAUUGUAAAACCUUCAAACGGUGCACAGGGCCAUGGCAUUUCUUUGUAUCGGAAUGCUGAAAAGAUUCCCUCGCAAGAGCAUUUCAUCGUACAAGAGUACCUGGACAAGCCUUUACUUCUCGAUGGCUACAAGUUUGACCUGCGCAUCUAUGUCCUUGUUACUUCCUGUGAUCCUCUGCGGGUUUUCCUCUUCAAUGACGGUUUAGUCCGGCUGGCCACAGAGAAAUACUUACCGCCUCACGAGAGCAACAUCAAUCAUUUGUUCAUGCACCUCACCAACUACUCAGUCAACAAACACAAUGAGUUCUAUGACAAAAACAUGGGCUUUGACACUGGGAGCAAACGUUCCAUCCGCUACUUCAACGAGUAUCUGCGUCGAAGCGAUAUCGACGUCAGUCUGCUCUGGCGCAACAUUGGAGACAUGAUUGUUCGAACCCUGCUGGUCGCCGAGCCGCAUGUGCUGCACGCCUACAGGAUGUGUCGGCCGGGUGUGUCUUCAGGAAGUGACAGUGUGUGUUUCGAGGUGCUCGGAUUUGACAUCAUGAUUGACAGGAAACUGAGGCCAUGGCUUCUUGAGAUUAACAGAUCUCCAAGCUUUGGCACAGAUCAAAAAUUAGAUUUUGAGAUCAAGUCUGCUAUGAUAGAAGACACUUUCAGGCUUCUGAAUAUCAAGGUGAGCGAUAAGCGACGCAAUAUUGCAGCUCAAAAGGCUGAGGCCCAAAGGCGCUUGUUCCGAACGAAUCGCAAAAUGGACAGUGACGCCUCGGAGUUGGAUAAAAAGAAACAAAGCAAUGACAAGAGGAAAGAAGAACUGAAGGAACUCUUGAAUCGGAUUCGUAAGAUGGCUGACAAAGAGGACUAUGAGAACCGUAACUGCGGCCGUUUCCGGCGCAUCUUCCCCAGCGAGGACCGUGUCCGGCAGGAUCGCUACUGCCGGAUCCUCAGCACUGCGUUCUCUGUCUUUCUUGCUGGCCGCAGCAACAGCAUGCAGAAGGAGAUACAAGUCAACUACAAUAACAAAUACAGGGAGGAUGAACUUCUUGACAUGAUUGCCGAGUGUGAAGCCGAUGAGAGAGAUUCCAGACUUUAUCCUGGUGCCAGACCCCAGCGGGGGCCUAAGCCCCUUCAGAGUAUGCCAGAGUCAUUGCCACCCCCUCCAGACGAUGACGACUUUGAUGACGACGAAAGCGAUGUGAGCCCUCCCGGCAGCCCACAACUCCGUCGCAGAUCAGGGUCAAGGUCACGGCCUCAGAGCCAAGGCAGCAGGGGCAGUGGGGCCUCAGGCUCCCGGCCAGGGUCUGUGCUCACCUACAACUCUCAGUCGCAGGCCGCUGGUCACCAGCAGAGACCGGCGAGCCAGGCAGGGUUCAGUGGGGCUGGCGGUCAGCAUAGGUCCAGAAGUCUCACUCGGGCGGCUACCACUAACAAACUGGCCACUCUGCAACGUUCCAAUGUGGACGACAACUUCCUCAAUUCGAUGGUGAAGGAGAGGGAGGAGGAGCUGACCACAAAGACAAUGACCUCCCUCAAUGAGAUGAGGAUCAAGUUCCCGGGCAAGUCAGACUCAGAGGCAGAGCUUCUACUUGACAUGCUGGUGGAGAACUGGAAGUUCCAUAAGCCUAGGAUAGCUUCCUACUGGCUGGUCAAACUUGACUCAAUCAAACGUCGCAAGGUCAUUGAUAUCGUUCGGUCAAAUGUACGGGCCAUGCUUCAGCGAAUCUGGCGUACAUCUGACACAGACAACCUGAGACUUAACCGUAUCUUCAGUCGUGUGUUUAACCGGUUGCUAUGGAGCCAUGGGCAGGGUCUGUGGAACUGCUUCUCUGCCACGGGCAACUCUUGGGAGACAAUCUUCAGCAAGAGCAGCGAGAACAUCUCUGAGGUGGAGCUGGACUGCUGCCGACGCAUCGUGCAGCUCUGCAAGGACUGCCUGCUCAUCGUGUACAAGUUUGCAGAUGAGGCCAAGAACCCUGGCAGCCAGUCCGCCAUUCCGGAGUCUGCCCCAGACAACACGGCACAGUCCCAGCCACAGAAUGGAUAUCUGGCGGGGCGAGAUUUGCGUCCACCAGUGAACUGGAACCCCCACACCAACUACAGUCAGCGCUAUAGUAAGCUCUACCAACAGCCUCCAGUCAGCAACUCUUGA